AGAAAAAAUGAAACAAUAAGAAAAUAAACCAAGAAAAUAGAAACGAAACGAGAAAAUAGUCAAACCACCACCACCACGACCACGACCACCACCACCACCACCACCACCACCACCACCACGACCCCAAUGAUAAACAAAUGCUAACCAACAGACGCAGCAUGGCAGGAGGAGGCGUCGAAGGAGGAGGAGGAGGAGGAGAGAGGGGCUUUAAGAUAACACCACAGGAUCUUCGAGAGUUAAUGGCUGCCCGGGGCUCUGAGGACCUCCCCCUUCUGCGUAGGAAGUUCGGGAGAGUUCAGGAUGUUUGUGACGGUCUCCUCUCCAAUCCUACAGAAGGAAUCAGCAGUGACCCCGAGGACUUAGAUGUGCGACGAGAGUACUACGGAAGCAACGUUAUUGAGCCCAAGCCGCCUCCUUCAUUCCUACGACUGGUAUUUGAGGCUUUGAAGGACACUACUCUGAUUAUCCUUCAAGUAGCUGCCGUCCUUAGCAUCGUCCUUAGCUUUUUCCAUGCAGAGGUGGGAGGGAAAGAUGCUGAUGAGGGACAGACCAUUCUUCCUUCCCCUGAAGACGAGAAGGAGCAGGCCCCCCCGUGGAUAGAAGGCGUUGCUAUCCUUGCUGCUGUUGCUGUCGUCGUCCUUGUCACGGCUUUCAAUGAUUAUACGAAAGAGCGGCAGUUUCGAGGUCUGCAGACACGUAUAGAGAACACACACACAUUCUCCGUGGUGAGGUCCAGAAGCAUCAUUCAGGUCCCCAUCUCGGACAUCUUGGUGGGGGAUAUCUGUCAGAUCAAGUACGGGGACAUGCUGCCGGCUGACGGGCUGCUCAUCCAAGGGUCUGACCUCAAGGUAGACGAGUCCUCGCUCACGGGGGAGAGUGACCACGUGACCAAGACCCCAGAACAGGACCCCUUCCUCUUCUCAGGAACCACGGUGAUGGAGGGCAGUGGGCGCAUGGUGGUGACUGGGGUGGGCGAGAACUCCCAGGCAGGCAUCAUCAUGACCCUCCUCGGCGCCACAGAAAAGAGCAAGGACGGCAAGAAGAAGAAGAAGAAAGAAGAGGAGAAGCAAGACCCCACGGAGAGAUCAGUGCUGCAGAACAAACUGUCUAAACUUGCCAUACAGAUUGGUUAUGCAGGCACCGUGAUAGCUGUCCUCACUAUCGUCAUCCUGGUGGUGUCCUUCAGCGUCAAGACCUACCUGCUGGCGAAGGAGCCUUUUAAUGUCCUCCACGUCAACUCCUUCCUCCACUUCUUCAUCAUCGGUGUCACUGUACUGGUGGUGGCGGUCCCUGAAGGCCUUCCUCUCGCUGUUACUAUCUCCCUUGCCUUCUCCGUCAAGAAAAUGAUGAAGGACAACAAUCUGGUGAGGCACUUGGACGCGUGUGAGACCAUGGGGAACGCCACAACGAUAUGCAGUGACAAGACAGGAACUCUGACCACCAACCGCAUGACAGUGGUGGCUGCGCACAUCGCCGGGGUCACGCACAGAUCCCUGCCAAAGUACGAGUCACUGCCACAGAACACCGCAGACCUUCUUGUCCUGGGUAUUAGCAUCAACACCAACUACACCUCCAAGAUCGUCCAGUCAGACACCCCCGGAGAGCUCCCCAAACAGCUCGGGAACAAGACGGAGUGUGCAUUACUUGGCUUUGUCACUGAUAUGGGCCGUAAUUACGUGACGGUGAGGAAGAACAACCCGGAGGAGAAGUUCAUUAAGGUGUACACGUUUAAUUCAGCGCGGAAGUCCAUGUCAACGGUGGUGCCUCUUGGUGUUGGCGGGUUCAGGCUCUUCACCAAGGGAGCCUCUGAAAUGGUGGUGAGGAAGUGUGGCUAUGUGCUGAACGAGAAGGGUGACGCAGAGAAGCUGUCAGAGGAGGACCAGAGGGAGCUUGAGUUAGACAUCAUUGAGAAGCUUGCGUCUGACGGCCUGAGAACCAUUGGCCUGGCUUACCGUGACUUUGUACCCUUUGACGCCAGUGUGAACCAGACAUCCAUCACGGAGGAGCCAGACUGGGACAAGGAGGAGGAGAUAGUGACCAGCCUCACCCUGAUAGCUGUGGUGGGUGUGGAGGACCCUGUUAGGCCAGAGGUCCCCAAGGCUAUUGAGCUGUGCCAGAGGGCUGGGGUGACAGUCCGCAUGGUGACGGGAGACAAUGUGAACACAGCCCGGGCCAUUGCGUCCAAGUGUGGCAUUCUGCGGCCCAAGGAUGAUGGCCUGGUGAUGGACAGUCGGCAGUUCAACACAAUGGUGAAGGAUGAGAAUGGGGAGGUGUCCCAGGAUCUCAUAGACAAGGUGUGGCCAAGACUGAGGGUCCUUGCUCGCUCCUCCCCUCAAGACAAGUAUGUGCUGGUGAAGGGCAUCAUUAACUCUCACGCCGGGGACAUGAGGCAGGUGGUGGCAGUGACUGGUGAUGGCACUAAUGAUGCACCAGCUCUCAAAAUGGCUGAUGUCGGGUUUGCAAUGGGCAUCACCGGCACAGACGUAGCCAAAGAAGCGUGCGACAUUGUACUGACAGAUGACAACUUUAGCUCCAUCGUGAAGGCGGUGAUGUGGGGCAGAAAUGUGUAUGACUCCAUCGCCAAGUUCCUUCAGUUCCAGCUCACUGUCAACGUGGUGGCGGUGACGGUGGCAUUUGUUAGUGUGUGCAUCAUCAGCGACUCGCCCCUCAAGACCGUUCAGAUGCUAUGGGUGAACUUGAUAAUGGACACUUUAGCCUCCCUUGCCCUGGCCACUGAAGCGCCUUCCCUGGCCCUCCUGCACCGCCAGCCCUACGGGAGGACCAUGCCCCUUGUGUCAGCCAUCAUGCUCAGGAACAUCAUCGGACAGGCUGCCUUUAUGGUGCUCAUGAUCUUCCUCCUCCUGUUCUAUGGCCACAUCAUGCUGGACAUAGACGACGGGCUGUACAGGGAGCGCGGGGAGCCUCCGUCGCAGCACUUCACCCUCAUCUUCAACACCUUCGUGAUGAUGACGCUCUUCAAUGAGGUCAACGCCAGGAAGAUCCACGGGGAACACAACAUCUUUGAGGGCAUCACCGGCAACCCUCUCUUCUACUGCAUCUGGGUGGUGACCUUCGUGGCGCAGGUAAUCAUCGUGCAGUUUGGAGGCUACGCGUUCAAUACAGCACCACUCACCCUGGACCAGUGGCUGUGGUCUGUGUUCUUUGGUGUCAUGACCCUUCUGUGGGGCCAGCUCCUUACCACUGUGUUUGCCUUCAUUCCAAGCCAUGGGAGGUCCUCAUCAGUGCAGCCAGCGCAGGGCGAGGAGCACACAGUCUCUCGGGACCCGCUGGAGACUUCGUUCAUAAAGAAGAAACGAAAUGCACAUGUCUUCUGGGUUCAAAGCAUUACUGACCUACAGACUCAGAUACGAGUCAUCCGCGCCUUCCAGUCCGGACUUGUGGAGCCUCUGGAUGCGCAAAACGAGCGGGGCUGGUCUGGAGGCUUGGGGCGCCGACCGCUUAAGCCGCGACCCCAUUCUGUCUCCGAUAACACUUCCCUCGAUCUUCUCGUUGACCCAGAGGGAAGCGCACUGCCGGAGGUCGAAGGGUCACGAUAACGGUGUUGUUUUGAUUAAGGUGCAAGAGGCGCAUCCACAGGGAAGCCCCACGCCACACCUCCCCCUCUCCAACCAACACCUCUCUGUGCCUGAUGUGGAUGUAAAUGGCAGGUCCCUCUACCCCUCGUCACCUGGGAGUUACCUGUGAUUACUUGCUGGAGCAUUACCUGGCCUCAUCUGCUGGGUUUUGUGGUGUGGUGGGGGCAGUGUGGUAGUGAAUGAAGUGGUGGUGACUGUGGUAAGAGAAAUGCUACUUGGUUUUUGGUAGUGUUGGGUGUAGUAGUGCAUUUUGGUAUGGUGUGGUGGUGGUGUGGUGUAGUGUGGUGUUUUGGUGGCAUGGUGUGGUGUAGUAGUGUGGUGAUGUUCAGUGCUAUAUUCAGAAAUGCUUCCCUCUCUCACCAUGACCAUUUUAAAACCAUAGGGAUGAUUAGCCAAGUUCUUAAGAGUAUUUGUUCUGUUGAUAAUGCAGAAAACUUGUUAACUUGUUAGCUACUAUAAUUACAAAAACAUCCUUAAAAACCUGUGUCACUUCAACUAGAGUCCUUUGAAAAUGCAGAAAACUUGUUAACAUGUCACUAGAAUUAUAGAAACAUCCUUAAGAAUCUAUGUCUUUUCAACUAGAGCCCUUUGAAAAGAGUGGAGGUGGUGUGAGGCAUGGAAGUGUUUCAGAAUAUGUACCUUGGUGUGGUGACAGUGUUAUUUGAUGCCACAAGCCACUUUUGAAGACUUAACUAACCACCUAAGUGAAGCUUAGAAGAAGAAACAUUGAAUAGAAAAAAUAAAGCUUUCUAAGGAACCUUGAGCUGAUUGAACAGAUGAACUGAAGUUUAUGAGAAAGAGAAAGAUGCUAAAGAGAAUGGUAACAGUGAUUGAAGCUGAAUAGCCAUCUAUAUUGAAGCCUAUAAAGAAAGAUAACAAUGGAAAAACAAUAGUAGAAGCCCUCAGAGGUGUUUUGAAGCUCACAAGGGAAAGAAAUGAUGGUAACAGUGAUAGAAGAUUUCAUGGUCAACCUAACCUGAUCUAACCUGAACCACAAGUAUUUUUGCUGCACAGAGAGAGAGAGAGAGAGAGAGAGAGAGAGCAAGGUGAAGUUAGGGCAAGUUUGGUUACCCCAGAGAGACUAUAUGGGUAUUACAAGUAACUUAAAAUUGAAAGGUUUAAGUGAAGUGUAUAGUAGUUUUGCCAGGGCUGGAGUGUGUGUGGAGUGUGCAAGUGUGGUAGAGAAACAUUAGGGUAGUUUUAGUUAGACCUGAAAGAUUGUGUGGGUAUUUCAAUUAGAAUUGAAGGGUUUAAGUGAAGUGCAUAGCAGUUUUGUGAGGAGAGGAGUGCAUGUGGUAUGUGCAAGUGUGCUAGAGAAACAUUAAGCAGUUUCAAGUAUACCUCUCACAGAUUGUGUGAAUGUAUGAAUGAAAGUAACUGAUAACAAAGACAUUUAAGUGAAGUUUUGGCUCAUUUUGUAAGGAUAGAACCAUUCCCCAGUCUGUGUGGAGUGUGUAAAUGUGCUACAGAAAAAUAACAGUUUUACAUACCUCUGACAGACUGUGUGGGGUGUAUGGAGGAGUGUAGCUAAUAAUACACACAUUUCUGGCUUGUGUUGUAAAGACAGGACCAUUACUCAAUCUGUGUAGAGUGUUUGGUGUAUGCUGAUGUGUUGCAGAAAAGUUAUGACAAGUUUAGUUCUCAACAAGAUGUAACUUAAAUGCAAGGAGUUGAGUGAAUUGUUGGGGGGGUAAGUGAAGUUUUGGCUAGGUAAAUGAAGUUUUGGUGGGUUUAGUGAAGUUUUGGCUGGUUUAUUUAAAGUGGUGGGUUAGAUGAAGUGUAAUGGUAGUUAAAUGAAGUGUAGUAAAGGUGGUUAAAUGAAGUGGUUUAGUAUAUGGUGGUCAAAUGAAGUGUAAUGGCUGGAUUAGUGAAGUGUUGGCUGGUUAUAAAUGAAGUGAGUGGAGCAUGUGGUGUGUGUAAAUGCUCCACAGAAAAGAACAAAUGAACAAGUGUAUAUUUCAACAAGUGUAUCAUACAAACAGACAUUUGAGUGAAGUGUUGGCAGGAUUUGUAAGGAGAGCAACACUACUUAACCUGUGUGGAGCAUUUGAUGUGUGUGUGUAAAAUACUCCACAGUAAAGAACAGACAAGUGUAUAUUUCAACACUAUCUUUUAAACAGAUUGAGUGAAGUGCUGGCUAAGGUUAUGGGAACAGCAGCACUUCAAAGCUUGUGUUCUGAAGUGCUUUGAAGUGAGUGAAGCCAAACACUGCAGGGAAACUUUAGGUGCUUCUUGAGUAGACCAGUAACACUUCAACACACUCACACUACCACUACUAACUAUGCUACUAACAUUGCUGCUAACUCUACUACUAACUGCUACUAACACUGCUACUGACUCCGCUACUAACACUGCUACUAAAUGCUGCUUCCAUCCACCUCAUGCCGUCCCCUACACAUGCCACUCUGUCUACUCCCACACCUCAAUGUCUGCUGUAGUUGAUAAGCUGAGGAUGUGAAGCUUCAGUGAGAGUAUUAUCAAGCUGGUCUUGGUGUAUAAAGCUUGUGUAUUUCCUCUUUUGUGUUCCUUUUCUUGUCUCUGUAUUGUUUUGGUGUGUUUUCUAUCUUUUCUUUCUUGUGUUUCUCAUAUUUUUCUUUCUGUUUUCUUCUUUCUCUUUCUUUGGUUUA